AUGCACGCUUACGCCGCCAAAACCCUGAAUAGCAGUUCGCAGGAAGACAAAACUGUCAACCCAGUCCUCAUCACACUCCGCUACCUGGCCACCAACAGUCAUCAAACGGUCAUAGCUGACUGUUUCGGGAUGGGCCAGAAAGCAAGGCCCGCUUCUUCCGAUUCCGGCCACCGGAUGAACGCUGGUGCUUGCGAAGGCCUCGAGAAUUCGCCAGGAACUCGAGCUUCACAAAUGUCAUUGGAUGCGCCGAUAGUUGCCUCAUCCGAAUCCAGCGGCCCAUCAACUUCGGCAACCACUAUACUGCCGAAAGGCACGUUGUGCUAUCAACAUGAUUGCAUAGUAGACGCCAUGGCUCGUUUUAUGUACAUCAACUGUGGAUUCGCUGGAAGGCACCACGACUCCUUCAUAUGGCAGCAUUCGCAAGCAGCUGCGGAGUUCGACGAAGGUCGUGCUCGUCGUAGAUAUUGCCUCCUGAGCGAUGCCGGCUUUGCCAACCCCAGAAGUGUGAUGGCUCCUUUCCGAGAGCUGGCCACAGAGAAUGACAUCAGGAAGAGGAGGUUCAACAGGGAGCACGCAAAACUUGACGAGUCGUCGAGCAGGCGUUCGGAACGUAAAGCGGCGUUUCUGCACACUGUACAACAUCACCCGCAUUCCGGCUCCGAAGCUCCAGAAGGCAUUGAAGGCCUGCAUCAUUCUCUACAACAUCGGCGUCUAUCUGGGAACGCAUAG